AUGGAAGAUUUUAAUGAUGAUGACAUCAGUAUUUUUGUAGGAAAGUUUGAGAAAGAAAACUAGAAUUCUACUCUAGACUCAAUCAUCAACUAAAAAUAAUCCUAAGGCUCAAACUGUAAUAAUAUAUUGAAAAAUUUAGAAAUAAUUAUCUUACAAUAAGCAAUUAGAACAAAAGAAGAAUUAAACAAGGAAAUUAUCCCAAUAUUAAGUAUUAAUUGAUAUCAUAAAAGAAUAUCUUUAGAAAAAAAAUCUGCAAUAUGGAGAUUUAGAAAAAUAAAAUUAACAACUAAUAAUACUUUAAGAAUAAUCUAAAUAAGAUAUCGCACAAUUAUAAGUAAAUUAUGAUAAUCUAUAAUAGGAUUAAAUUUAAGAAAAGAAUUAGAAAAAUGAUGAAUUAAUGGACUAAAUUUCAUAGUUAGAAGAUGAGAUGGAAAAAAUGAGAAUUCAAUAUAGAUAUUUAGAAUCCCAACAGCAGAAUAAACUCUUAUAAAACUAAGUAAUUUCGUAUUUAGAAUUAGUAAUUUCAAGGGGAAAGUUAAUGGUUUUAGCAAACUUAAAUUAUCACUAUUCAACAAUAAUUGUAAGAUAAAGAGGAUUUAUUAAAAAAAACUGAAAAAGACCUUGAAGAAAUGGAAAAAUCUAAAAAGAAAUUGGAUUAGUAAAAUAAGGACAUUCAAAAUUAAUUAGACUUGAUGAAUUAAAGAAAUAAGAGUAUAUAUUAAAAAGAUUUAUUUAGAUUUGAUGAAAGAGUUAGAAAGGUAUAAACCAGAAGUAACAGAGAAUUAAAAAAAAUAAACAAUGACUAGAAAUAAAACACUUGGAGCAUUUAAUACAAGAGAAAUUAUUUAAAAAUAAAGAUUAUAAAAUGAUUUAACAAGUUAAAAGAAAUUAGAACAAAUUAAGACAUAAGAAAUAGAUAAUGCUAAUAAUUCAGAUAAUUAAGAGGAAAUUGAUACUUAAUCAAAGACAACUUUAAAAUAGGAUAGCGAAUAAGCUUAAACUUCUGUAAUAAAUUCUUAGAUAAUAAUGGAGAAAGAACAAAAAAUAGUUGAACUAGAAAAAAUAAAAAUUGAACUGGAAUAGAAAAUAAUCGAACUGGAAUAUGAAAUUAAUGGAAUUAAAUCCAAUAAUAAAAAAGUUACAUUCCAAAUUAGUAAAUUAGAGAAAGCAGUUGCUUUUGAAAAAGAAUGUAUAAAUAUCUAUAAAUAUAAUAAGAAAAUGCAAGGUUAUAAGAAGAAAAGGCAACGAUUGAAUAGGAUUUAAGAGCUGAGAUAGAAAAGAAGUUAAAAGAAAAUAUUGGAUUAGUAAAAUUUAUAAUUAUUCAUAGAAAAGAAUGUCAGUAAAAAUUAAUUAAAAUGACAUUGGAGCUGGUCUUCUGAAUGCAGAUGAAUCAAAUUUAAAAGAAAAAAAUCUUUAAUUGUCAAGAGGUAAUUCCAAGCAAAUAUAUAGAUCAAUUUAGAUUUACAACAAACAAAACAAUAAAAUGAAAUCAUUAGUGAGACAUAUGAAAAGCAAAUUAGUUAAUAUAAAACUUAAAUUGAAAUAUAUGCAAAGAAUAAUUUAGAAAUGGAAAAUUAAGUUAAAGAUUUAUCAAAACGCUUGUAAUUGGCACUGGAAGAAAAGGAUAACUAAAAAAUUUAAAUAGAAAAAUUAGCUGAUAGCAAAAAUUUGGAUGGAGAAUCUACUUUGAAAGAAUGUAGAACAAAAUUAAGAAAAUAUGAGAGUCUGUUGUAAAAAGCUAAAGCAGAAAUAGAAAUAAAAGAUAUCUAAAUACAAGAAUAACAUUCUAAUUAAUUAAUAGAAAUCAUCAACAUUAUAGAAAGUUAUAAUAAAGAGAAUCUUUAGAUUAAUUAAUAAUUAUAAUAAUAAAUUUAGUUAGUUGAAGAAUUGAAAUCGUAAAAAGGGAUUAAAAAUGAAAAUAUUGAUUAAGAGAAAAUUAAAUAAUUAGAAGAUUAAAUUGAGAAAUAGAAAAUGACAAUAUUGAAAUAUAAAAAAUAAAUCGAAUAACUUUAAUUGAAGGCAAAGUAAGAAUAUUUAGUAAUUAGUAAUUCAAAAGUUGAAUCUGAGUAGCCUAACCAAAUGUAGAAUAUUAGUAAAGAGGCCGAAUCAAAAUAAAAGGAUGAACAAUAAUAAAUUAUUGAUACCCUAAAUGGUCAAAUCUAAUAAUUAACUUUAAAAACACAAUUUUCAGAAUAAAAUUAGUUAUAAAAUGAAACAAAAUUAAAAGAGAUGCAAUAAUAAAUUUUGGAGAAGGAUGAAUCAAUAAAAUAUUAUGAAAAAUCAAAUAGUUUAUUAUAAACUUUAAUAAUUGAAAAUAAAAAUCAAAUUGAUUAAAUUUAAGAAAAAUUAAAGGAGGAGGAAUAAAUUAAAAAAGAGAAAGAAUAAAUGAUUCUAAGUUUGAAAGAUUAAUUAUUAAAUUAGGAAAAAGAAAUUGAAAAUUAUUAAUAAAAAUUAAUCAACUAUUCUUAAUAAAGUUUGGAAUUAGAAUAGACCAAAAAAAAAAAUUUUGAAAGUGAUUUUGAAUUUAAUCAGUAAAAAGAGAGCCUAAUUAAUUUAAAUAAUGAAAAACAACGAUUACAAUAAUAAAUCUCUGAAUUGAUCGAAAAAAAUAAUGAUUAAGAAUCCUUAAUUUCUGAUCUUUAGACUAAAAAUACUAAAUUAGAAUAACAAAAGUCUUCAUUAGAAGAAGAAGCUUUGGUUUAGUAAUCAAAAAUUCGGGUAUAGGAUUCACGAUUAACUUAACUAUCAUAAGAAAUUAUCUUGCAUGAAUAACAAGUGGCUGAGCUAAAUAAACAAAUAGAUAUUUUUAGAGUAGAAAAUAAUACAAAUAAAUAAAUUAUAUCUCAAUGUCAAGAUAAAAUAUAAGAAGAAUAAAAAAAUAAUUUUAAUUUGUAAAAAGAAAAUAAAGAUUUAUAAAUAUAAAACGAAGAAUUAAAAAAACUUAUUUAAAUAAAAAUUAGUGAAUCACAAGAAUCUUAAUAUAAUUUAUAAAACAUAACAAGAGAUCAUGAAUAACUAAAAGAAUAACUAGUAGUAAAUUAAUAAAAUAAUUUAGAUUUAGAAAAAAAAAUAAAUUAGUUAAAUAAUAUAAAUGAAAGUGAAUUAAACAAAUUGAAUAUACAUAUUUUAAAAGAAUAAGAAUAAAAUAAAUAGUAAUAAAUACUUUUAGAACAUGAAAUAAAAAAGUUACAAUUUUAAUUAAAGGAAAUUUAGGAUUAAAAGAAUGAAUAAAUGCUUAAUAUCGAAACAUUACAAAUAUAAGAAAAUAGAUUAAUUCAAGAUUUGUAGUAAGAAAAAUAAAAUAAUGAAAAUAAUCAAAAUGUAUUUAAAAAAAAAGAAGAAGAAGAUAGAUAUUUAAUAUAAAAUUAAAAAUUAAUAAAUGAUGAGUUAAAAAAUGAAAUAGAGUUAAAAAAGAAUUAAAUGGAAUAGUUACAAAAUAGUUUAAAUUAAGAAAUUGAUAAUAUGAAAUAAAACAACUAAUAACUUAUGAAAGAGAAAGAGGUGAUAAUAGAAGAAUUUUAAGCAAAAGUAGGGAAAAUGAAUUAGGAAAUAUAAGAUGAAAAGUUACAAAAUAAAUAGUUAUAAUAAUAAAAUGAGAAAUUAUCUAAUGAAUUUAAAGAUAAAGAAACUAAGAUGAUCUAAGAAAUUGAACAUGAAAAAUCUUAAAAUCUAUAAUUAUAAUAAUAAAAUGAGAAAUUAUCUAAUGAAUUUAAAGAUAAAGAAACUAAGAUGAUCUAAGAAAUUGAACAUGAAAAAUCUUAAAAUCUAUAAUUAUAAUAAUAAAAUGAGAAAUUAUCUAAUGAAUUUAAAGAUAAAGAAACUAAGAUGAUCUAAGAAAUUGAACAUGAAAAAUCUUAAAAUCUAUAAUUAUAAUAAUAAAAUGAGAAAUUAUCUAAUGAAUUUAAAGAUAAAGAAACUAAGAUGAUCUAAGAAAUUGAACAUGAAAAAUCUUAAAAUCUAUAAUUAUAAUAAUAAAAUGAGAAAUUAUCUAAUGAAUUUAAAGAUAAAGAAACUAAGAUGAUCUAAGAAAUUGAACAUGAAAAAUCUUAAAAUCUAUAAUUAUAAUAAUAAAAUGAGAAAUUAUCUAAUGAAUUUAAAGAUAAAGAAACUAAGAUGAUCUAAGAAAUUGAACAUGAAAAAUCUUAAAAUCUAUAAUUAUAAUAAUAAAAUGAGAAAUUAUCUAAUGAAUUUAAAGAUAAAGAAACUAAGAUGAUCUAAGAAAUUGAACAUGAAAAAUCUUAAAAUCUAUAAUUAUAAUAAUAAAAUGAGAAAUUAUCUAAUGAAUUUAAAGAUAAAGAAACUAAGAUGAUCUAAGAAAUUGAACAUGAAAAAUCUUAAAAUCUAUAAUUAUAAUAAUAAAAUGAGAAAUUAUCUAAUGAAUUUAAAGAUAAAGAAACUAAGAUGAUCUAAGAAAUUGAACAUGAAAAAUCUUAAAAUCUAUAAUUAUAAUAAUAAAAUGAGAAAUUAUCUAAUGAAUUUAAAGAUAAAGAAACUAAGAUGAUCUAAGAAAUUGAACAUGAAAAAUCUUAAAAUCUAUAAUUAUAAUAAUAAAAUGAGAAAUUAUCUAAUGAAUUUAAAGAUAAAGAAACUAAGAUGAUCUAAGAAAUUGAACAUGAAAAAUCUUAAAAUCUAUAAUUAUAAUAAUAAAAUGAGAAAUUAUCUAAUGAAUUUAAAGAUAAAGAAACUAAGAUGAUCUAAGAAAUUGAACAUGAAAAAUCUUAAAAUCUAUAAUUAUAAUAAUAAAAUGAGAAAUUAUCUAAUGAAUUUAAAGAUAAAGAAACUAAGAUGAUCUAAGAAAUUGAACAUGAAAAAUCUUAAAAUCUAUAAUUAUAAUAAUAAAAUGAGAAAUUAUCUAAUGAAUUUAAAGAUAAAGAAACUAAGAUGAUCUAAGAAAUUGAACAUGAAAAAUCUUAAAAUCUAUAAUUAUAAUAAUAAAAUGAGAAAUUAUCUAAUGAAUUUAAAGAUAAAGAAACUAAGAUGAUCUAAGAAAUUGAACAUGAAAAAUCUUAAAAUCUAUAAUUAUAAUAAUAAAAUGAGAAAUUAUCUAAUGAAUUUAAAGAUAAAGAAACUAAGAUGAUCUAAGAAAUUGAACAUGAAAAAUCUUAAAAUCUAUAAUUAUAAUAAUAAAAUGAGAAAUUAUCUAAUGAAUUUAAAGAUAAAGAAACUAAGAUGAUCUAAGAAAUUGAACAUGAAAAAUCUUAAAAUCUAUAAUUAUAAUAAUAAAAUGAGAAAUUAUCUAAUGAAUUUAAAGAUAAAGAAACUAAGAUGAUCUAAGAAAUUGAACAUGAAAAAUCUUAAAAUCUAUAAUUAUAAUAAUAAAAUGAGAAAUUAUCUAAUGAAUUUAAAGAUAAAGAAACUAAGAUGAUCUAAGAAAUUGAACAUGAAAAAUCUUAAAAUCUAUAAUUAUAAUAAUAAAAUGAGAAAUUAUCUAAUGAAUUUAAAGAUAAAGAAACUAAGAUGAUCUAAGAAAUUGAACAUGAAAAAUCUUAAAAUCUAUAAUUAUAAUAAUAAAAUGAGAAAUUAUCUAAUGAAUUUAAAGAUAAAGAAACUAAAAUGAUCUAAGAAAUUGAACAUGAAAAAUCUUAAAAUCUAUAAUUAAAAUAAUAAAAUGAGAAAUUAUCUAAUGAAUUUAAAGAUAAAGAAACUAAGAUGAUAUAAGAAAUCGAACAUGAAAAAUCUUAAAAUUAAUAACUAAUAUAAAGUAAGGAUAUGGAAGGAAAUGAAUUAUUACAAAAAUAUUCACAGCUAAACCAAGAUCUUAUUAAUUUGAAAUCUACUAAUUAACAAUAAUAACAAUAACAUGAUGUUAAAAUAAAUGAAUUAUAAUAAUAGUUGGAUUAAUUAACUCAGGAAAUAGCUAGUUUGAAAUAGUUAAAUAUUCAAAAAGAAGAUUAACUUUUAUAAAUGAAAAAUGAUAAUGAUUAGUUAACUUAAUAAUUAUAAGCCUAAUUAAACUAAAUAAAUUAAUCGCAACAAAGUUUAUAAGUACUAACCAAUGACUAUCAAAAAUUAUUUCAAGAACAUGAAAUAUCUAUCAAAGAAAAAAUUGAAUUAGAAACUAAACUUUAGGAAAAUAAAAAUUUAAUUUCAUCAUUGCAACUUGAAAAAGAAUAAUUAUCUAAUGAAUAAUAACUAAUUAAAGACAGUUAAAUAAAUGACCUUUAAACUUAAAUUUCUUAAUUAUAAUAAACAAUUCUUACUUAAUAAAAUUAAAUUUCAAAAGAUCAAGACUAAUAUUUGAUCUUAUAAAAUAAAUAACAAGAUCAAAGUUUAUAAAUAUCACAAUUAACUGCUGAGAUCUAAAAAUUGGAGGAAUAACGAAAUGAGUUAAAUAAAGAAUUAGAUAUUUUAAAGGCUGAAAAUUAAACAAAUUAAUAAUAAAUUUCAUAACAAUUAUUAUCAAUUUAGGAUUCAGAAUAAAAAUUAGAUAAAUUUUAAUCUGAUUAAAUAGAAUAGAAUAAGUUAUUAGAUUAAAAAAUAAACGAAAUUUAAGUUUUAUAAUAAGCAAACUAAGAUUUAAAUAAUGCAAACCAUAAACUCAUUGAAGAAAACAAUAGCUUUUAAAUUAAGUUUGACUAAAGUGUAAUUGAGGUCAAUAAUUUGAAGGGAGAAUGUUAAAGAGAAAAAGACAAUAACCAAAAAAUUUUAGAAUAAAAUUAGCAGUUUUAAUUAUAAAUAGAAUAAUUAAAUGAAGAAAUUUCUAAAUUAGUAAAGGAACAAUAAUAAUAGGAGUUAACAUAAAAAUAAGAUUAAAAUACUUAAUAAGAAGAAUUAAUUUAAUUAAACUAAAUUAAAGAAGAAAAUGUUCAUUUAUUAAAAAAUAUAGAAAAUUUAGAAAAUACAAAUAAACAAUUUGAACAAUAAAUUAUUUAAUUAUAAUAAGAAAUUUAAUCCUAAACUACAUAAUUAGAGGAAAAAGAGUAACUAAUAAAUAAUCUUAAAACUGAAAAUGAAUAAAUGGAAUUCAAAUUAUUAUAGGAUCAAAAUGGCUAAUAAGAAUAAGAUGAAUGUAUUAAUUAAAUAAAUUCAGAGCAUAAAAAAUUAAUAAAUGAGAAAGAAUUAGAGCAAAGCUCUUUUGAAGAACAUAGCAAAUAGGAAAAAUUAGAAUUAGAAAAUUAAUUACAUUAAAAUGCUUCCCUGAUUGCUUCCCUUUAAGAAGAGAUAAAUUAAUAAAAUCAUAAAAUUGAAUAGUAUGAGAAUAAUGAAAAAAAUUAUCAAUCACAGAUAGAAGAACUUAAAGAACAUAUCUAAAAUCUUGAGGAUUUUUCAUAAGUUUCGGAGAAUCACAUUUCUGAAUAAUAAGAGAAAGAAUAAUAAUUAAUUAAAGAAGUAGAAACCUUAAAAUUAGAAUAUGAACAAUUAUCUCAAUAAAAUACUUAAUUUAAAGAUUAAGUUGAAGAACUUUAGUUGUAAAACGAAAAAACCAUACAUUAAUAAACCGAAUUAGAAAAUUAAAUUAAAGAAUUGCAAUUAUAAUAAUCAGAUCUCCAAAAUACGAUUCAUCAAUAAGAGGAAAAAAUUAAUUCACUUUAAAUAGAGAGGGAAUAGGAUUAAUAAAAGUUAAUUGAGGCUGAAGAAAUUAAAAAAUAAAAAACAGAAUUAGAAAAACAAAUUAAAAAUUAAAAUGAUGCCAUAUAAAAGUUAUGCGAGUAAGUUGGAUUGCUUGAAGAUGAACAUCCUAAUGAAUAUAUAGCGACUUAAAAAGCAAAAAUGAUUUAGCAAUAAAAAGAUAUAGAAAGUUUAAAAAAUGAGAUUAAAAAUUUAUAACAAGAAAUAAAAAAGUAUUAAGAAAAAGAAGCUUAAAUAAAAAUUUAUAAAGAAAAAUUAGAAAGAAAAUAUUUAGAGCAAAUAUCUGAGUUAUCAAAUCAUUAAGAUGAAAUGUUUGAAUAAAUAAAGGAAUUGAGAUCUAAAGCUUUAAUGAGUGAUGAAUACCUCAAAGCAAACAAAGACCUCGAAAUGACUCUUAAAUUUAAAUAAGAUUAAUUAAUAAGCUAUUCUUAAAAAAUACAAGAAUAAUCCGUUUAUAUAGAUUAGCUUGAACUUAAAGUUUAAGAACUAAAAUAAACAAGUGAGUUUAUGUUCACAAUAUGAUAUAUUUAAUGCAAC